AUGAGUGCUAGUCUUCAAAUUUGUGCGAUCCCUUCUGAACUGAAGGAACGCCUGAAGGAGUUCCGUUUCUCCAAGAGCCAGGUUAUGAACGCUUUAAUAGUGAAAAUUGAUAAGGAGAGUCAGCAGAUGGUCUUAGAAGAACAUCUUGAAGACUGUGAACUGGAUGAUAUUACUAACGAAUUACCUCAGCAACAGCCUCGUUACCUUCUUCUUAGUUUUGCUAGGAAGCACUCCGAUGGACGUGUCUCUUAUCCCAUGUGCUUGAUUUUCUAUAGCCCCCCUGGCUGUAGUCCGGAUCAACAGAUGCUAUACGCAGGAAGCCGAAAUACGUUAGUCCAAGAAUGUGAAUUAACGAAGAAUUUCGAAAUCCGUGAUAUCGAAGAAUUAACUCAGGAACAUGUAUAUCUAUGUAUGGUGGGUGUUCGAGGGUUUCCAUAA